AUGGAGGGCAGCAAAGAUCGGGCAGGCAUUGGUCUGACGAUUUUUGUUACUUUUAUAGCAUUUGGUGUAAGUAAUGUAUUUGGAACAAUUGUGUCAUCAGAGAGUGGAACUAUGGAAGGCGUGGUUGUUCCGUUCCAAAAUGGUAACGUACACCAGUUUAGAAAGAUUCCUUACGCUAAACCACCUGUCGGUCCGCUUCGCUUCAGAAAACCGGUAAAAACUCCUCCAUGGAAUGACACACUCGAUGCUAGAAACUACGGACCUAGCUGUAUUCAGUCAGGUGAGCUAACCUUUCCUAUAUCAGAAGAUUGUCUGUUUUUGAAUGUUUAUGUUCCAAAUGAAGUAUCGGCAACAGCAAACAAAUCAGUCAUGGUUUGGAUUCAUGGCGGAGGUUACAUUGGUGGAACAGCCAUAUCAUAUGACGGAUCAACAUUGGCACUUCACGGUGACGUCAUUGUCGUGACGUUGAACUACCGACUCGGUAUAUUUGGAUUCUUCAGUACAGGUGAUUCAAACGCGAGAGGCAACUACGGAUUAUGGGAUCAAAUUGAGGCUCUGAAAUGGAUAAAAUCUAAUAUCAUAUAUUUCGGUGGAAAUCCAGAUUCAAUUACGUUAUUUGGUGAAUCGGCUGGCGCUGAAAUUAUAUCGCAUCUUGCCGUGAUUCCACAAAACAGGGGACUUUUUCAUCGAGUGAUUAUGCAAAGUGGUUCAUUAGGAAGAUUUCUAUCAAUGGAUAAUAAGGGUCAAAUUGCGAACGCUCGUGCUUUUGGGGACCAUCUUAAUUGUAGCGACAACCGAAACACAUCAUUUCUAGUUUCUUGUUUACGUGGGGUCAACACAACUAUUUUACAAAUGGGAUCUAAUGUUAUAUAUCCGUUUUCCUCAUUGGAUGCUCUGUUUUUAUCUGGUUUAUAUCCAACCAUUGACGAGGACCUUAUUCCAAGUGAUCCCGUAAAGUUACUGAAAAAUCAGUCAUCCGAACAGUUCGCAUUCUUUCAAUCUCUUGAUGUCAUUUCCGGUUCCACUUCCGCCGAAGGAUCCGUGUUUCUAUUGGUUCUUCAAAUGUUUCCAAGUCUGUCGUUACCCAGUGUGGAUUUCUACGAAGGAAUUCCAAACUGGGUUUUGCAACUAUUUGCUCGUCAGCUAACUGAGUUAUACUACGGCAAUGAUACAAGAGUGAUCCAGGCUAUAUCUGACAUGUACACAUCACCAGAUAUUGACGAACAAAGCCGGCUUUUCAUUGAUCUGAUAAGUGAUGCUUUUUAUCAUACACCUAUGUUGGAAUCCCUUUUACUUCAUGAUGGUGGAUAUUCAAACACUUUCCAGUACUACUUUUCCAAUCAACCAGAAUUUGAUCCUGUUAUUGGUGUUUUGCCGGAUUGGUUCGUCGGAGCGGGUCAUGCGGCUGAGCUCGAGUUACUUUUUGGUAAUAUGGAAUAUCUUAAAGCCGAAGAAAGACUCCUGUCAGCGAAAAUGAUGUCGUAUUGGACAAAUUUUGCUAAAAACGGGAAUGAGCGGACAGGUAUCGGCCUGACGAUUUUAUUUAUAUUUACUUCAUUCUGUAUCAGCAAUGUACUCGGAACUAUUGUUUCAUCAGAGAGUGGUACUAUGGAAGGCGUGGUUGUUCCGUCCCAAAACGGAAACGUACACCAGUUUAGAAAGAUUCCUUACGCUAAACCACCUGUCGGCCCACUUCGCUUCAGUAAACCGGUAAAACGACCGCCAUGGAAUGACACACUCGAUGCUAGAAACUACGGACCUGGCUGUAUUCAGUCAGGUGAGCUAACCUUUCCUAUAUCAGAAGAUUGUCUGUUUUUGAAUGUUUAUGUUCCAAAUGAAGUAUCAGCAACAGCAAACAAAUCAGUCAUGGUUUGGAUUCAUGGCGGAGGUUACAUUGGUGGAACAGCCAUAUCAUAUGACGGAUCAACAUUGGCACUUCACGGUGACGUCAUUGUCGUGACGUUGAACUACCGACUCGGUAUAUUUGGAUUCUUCAGUACAGGUGAUUCAAACGCGAGAGGCAACUACGGAUUAUGGGAUCAAAUUGAGGCUCUGAAAUGGAUAAAAUCUAAUAUCUUAUAUUUCGGUGGAAAUCCAGAUUCAAUUACGUUAUUUGGUGAAUCGGCUGGCGCUGAAAUUAUUUCGCAUCUUGCCGUGAUUCCACAAAACAGGGAACUUUUUCAUCGAGUGAUUAUGCAAAGUGGUUCAUUAGGAAGAUUUCUAUCAAUGGAUAAUAAGGGUCAAAUUGCGAACGCUCGUGCUUUUGGGGACUAUCUGAAUUGUAGCGACAUUCGAAACACAUCAUUUCUAGUUUCUUGUUUACGUGGGGUCAACACAACUAUUUUACAAAUGGGAUCUAAUGUUAUAUAUCCGUUUUCCUCAUUGGAUGCUCUGUUUUUAUCUGGUUUAUAUCCAACCAUUGACGAUGACCUUAUUCCAAGUGAUCCCGUAAAGUUACUGAAAAAUCAGUCAUCCGAACAGUUCGCAUUCUUUCAAUCUCUUGAUGUCAUUUCCGGUUCCACUUCCGCCGAAGGAUCCGUGUUUCUAUUGGUUCUUCAAAUGUUUCCAAGUCUGUCGUUACCCAGUGUGGAUUUCUACGAAGGAAUUCCAAACUGGGUUUUGCAACUAUUUGCUCGUCAGCUGACGGAGUUAUACUACGGCAAUGAUACAAGAGUAAUUCAGGCUAUAUCUGACAUGUACACAUCACCAGAUAUUGACGAACAAAGCCGGCUUUUCAUUGAUCUGAUAAGUGAUGCUUUUUAUCAUACACCUAUGUUGGAAUCCCUUUUACUUCAUGAUGGUGGAUAUUCAAACACUUUCCAGUACUACUUUUCCAAUCAACCAGAAUUUGAUCCCGUUAUUGGUGUUUUGCCGGAUUGGUUCGUCGGAGCGGGUCAUGCGGCUGAGCUCGAGUUGCUUUUUGUAUCAGCAACAGCAAACAAAUCAGUCAUGGUUUGGAUCCAUGGCGGAGGUUACAUUAGUGGAACAGCCAUAUCAUAUGACGGAUCAACAUUGGCACUUCACGGUGACGUCAUUGUCGUGACGUUGAACUACCGACUCGGUAUAUUUGGAUUCUUCAGUACAGGUGAUUCAAACGCGAGAGGCAACUACGGAUUAUGGGAUCAAAUUGAGGCUCUGAAAUGGAUAAAAUCUAAUAUCUUAUAUUUCGGUGGAAAUCCAGAUUCAAUUACGUUAUUUGGUGAAUCGGCUGGCGCUGAAAUUAUUUCGCAUCUUGCCGUGAUUCCACAAAACCGGGGACUUUUUCAUCGAGUGAUUAUGCAAAGUGGUUCAUUAGGAAGAUUUCUAUCAAUGAAUAAUAAGGGUCAAAUUGCGAACGCUCGUGCUUUUGGGGACUAUCUGAAUUGUAGCGACAUUCGAAACACAUCAUUUCUAGUUUCUUGUUUACGUGGGGUCAACACAACUAUUUUACAAAUGGGAUCUAAUGUUAUAUAUCCGUUUUCCUCAUUGGAUGCUCUGUUUUUAUCUGGUUUAUAUCCAACCAUUGACGAUGACCUUAUUCCAAGUGAUCCCGUAAAGUUACUGAAAAAUCAGUCAUCCGAACAGUUCGCAUUCUUUCAAUCUCUUGAUGUCAUUUCCGGUUCCACUUCCGCCGAAGGAUCCGUGUUUCUAUUGGUUCUUCAAAUGUUUCCAAGUCUGUCGUUACCCAGUGUGGAUUUCUACGAAGGAAUUCCAAACUGGGUUUUGCAACUAUUUGCUCGUCAGCUAACUGAGUUAUACUACGGCAAUGAUACAAGAGUAAUUCAGGCUAUAUCUGACAUGUACACAUCACCAGAUAUUGACGAACAAAGCCGGCUUUUCAUUGAUCUGAUAAGUGAUGCUUUUUAUCAUACACCUAUGUUGGAAUCCCUUUUACUUCAUGAUGGUGGAUAUUCAAACACUUUCCAGUACUACUUUUCCAAUCAACCAGAAUUUGAUCCCGUUAUUGGUGUUUUGCCGGAUUGGUUCGUCGGAGCGGGUCAUGCGGCUGAGCUCGAGUUACUUUUUGGUAAUAUGGAAUAUCUUAAAGCCGAAGAAAGACUCCUGUCAGCGAAAAUGAUGUCGUAUUGGACAAAUUUUGCUAAAAACGGGAAUGAGCGGACAGGUAUCGGCCUGACGAUUUUAUUUAUAUUUACUUCAUUCUGUAUCAGCAAUGUUCUCGGAACUAUUGUUUCAUCAGAGAGUGGUACUAUGGAAGGCGUGGUUGUUCCGUCCCAAAAUGGAAACGUACACCAGUUUAGAAAGAUUCCUUACGCUAAACCACCUGUCGGCCCACUUCGCUUCAGUAAACCGGUAAAACGACCGCCAUGGAAUGACACACUCGAUGCUAGAAACUACGGACCUGGCUGUAUUCAGUCAGGUGAGCUAACCUUUCCUAUAUCAGAAGAUUGUCUGUUUUUGAAUGUUUAUGUUCCAAAUGAAGUAUCAGCAACAGCAAACAAAUCAGUCAUGGUUUGGAUUCAUGGCGGUGGUUACUCAACCGGAACAGCCCGAUCAUAUGACGGAUCAACAUUGGCACUUCACGGUGACGUCAUUGUCGUGACUGUGAACUACAGACUUGGUAUAUUUGGAUUCUUCAGUACAGGUGAUUCAAACGCGAGAGGCAACUACGGACUCUGGGAUCAAAUCGAGGCCCUGAAAUGGAUAAAAUCUAAUAUCAUCUACUUCGGUGGAAAUCCAGAUUCAGUUACAUUGUUUGGUGAAUCGGCUGGUGCUUUCAGCGUUUCACAUCUCGCCAUGAUUCCAGCGAACAAAGGACUAUUUCAUCGAGUCAUUAUGCAAAGUGGUUCUCUUAGUUCCUUUGGAUCUGUAACGAAAGAUCCCUCGAAAUCAGCAAUAGGUUUGGGAAAAUACCUAAAUUGCAACAAUGUUGAGAACUCGGAAUCUCUUGUCGCCUGCCUGCGUGGAUUGUACGCAUCCUUAUUGCACCAAUCAGCAGAAACGGUAUAUGUUUACUCCUCGAUAGGGAAAAAUUUUGGGUUGACUUUGCCGUUCGCACCAGUCAUUGACGGAGAAUUGAUACCAAGUGACCCUAUAUCCCUUUUACAAAAUGAGUCCUCAGAACAAUUUAAAUUCUAUCAAUCACUUGACGUCAUUUCCGGUUGUAAUUCAGCUGAGGGAUCUUUAUUUGUGGUAUUUAUUUCCGCUUUUCCGACUGUGUCGUUACCCGCCGUUGAUAUGACCGAAGGAAUACCAACAUCGGUUCUCAAAUUAUUCGUUAAACCCCUGAUCGAGUAUUACUACAACAACGACACAAGGAUUCUACAAAACAUCAAUGACAAAUACACAACGUCGGAUAUCGCUAAACAGGGCCGACUAUUCGUGAACCUUUUUGGUGAUACUCACUUUUAUACACCUAUGUUUGAAUCUUUGCUAGCUCACGACAAAGGUGGAAAUUCAAAAGCAAAUACUUUUCAAUAUUACUUCUCGAAGUCGUCCCAAGUAGACAUUCUGAUGGGACAGCCACCUAAAUGGUUUGAAGGUGCGGGUCAUGCCGCUGAAAUCGUAUACGUCUUCAGUAACAAAUAUUUACAAGGUGACGACGCAGACCUGUCGACUAAAAUGAUGUCAUAUUGGAUUAAUUUCGCAAACAAUGGUAACCCUAACACAGGACUUCCGGUUCCAUACUGGCCAGAAUUCGACGAGACUUUUAGACAAUAUAUCAACCUAGAUACCAACAUCACCACGGGAUCUGAAUUACUGGGAGAGCGGAUGCGAUUCUGGACUGAAGAAAUACCGCGCAUUAAUUCAGAAAGGGAGAUAACUAUAAGCACAUUAUUGGGACAAGUCAAAGGAAUACAGCACCAGGUAAAAGGACAAAAUAUCAGUCAAUUCCGAAGAAUUCCGUUCGCAGAACCGCCGAUUGGUCCCCUGAGGUUCGCAAAACCUAAGCCUAUAACGGAAUGGAACGGCAUCCUUGAUGCUACACGGUUUGGACCCUCUUGCAUUCAAACAAGGUAUCCGAGAUCUGAGUACAGUUAUCCAAACAAAAAUAUUUCAGAAGAUUGUCUAUUUUUGAACAUCUAUGCUCCAAAUGAUGUGACAUUGGAAGCAAAUAAAUCAGUGAUGGUUUGGAUUCACGGAGGAGGGUUCACGUCUGGAGCUGGGAUGACCUAUGACGGGACGCCAUUGGCACUUCAAGGUGACGUCAUUGUCGUGACGUUAAAUUACAGACUCGGCAUUCUGGGAUUUUUAAGCACAGGAGAUUCAAACGCGAGGGGCAACUAUGGAUUAUGGGAUCAAAUUGAGGCCCUGAAAUGGAUAAAAUCUAAUAUCAGAUACUUCGGUGGGAAUCCAGACUCAAUAACGUUAUUUGGUGAAUCGGCUGGCGCUGAAAGUAUUUCACAUCUUGCCAUCAUUCCACAAAAUAGAGGACUUUUUCAUCGAGUAAUUAUGCAAAGUGGUUCAUUAGGCAGAUUUGAAUCAAUGGAUAAUAAAGGUCAAAUCGCGAAAGCUCGUGCUUUUGGGGAUCAUCUUAAUUGUAGCGAAAACCAAAACACACCAUUACUAGUGUCUUGUUUACGUACAGUCAACGCAACUGUUUUACAAACGGGAUCCGAUCUUAUAUAUUCGUAUUCCUCAUUGGAUGCCAUGUUUGUUUCUGGUUUAUAUCCUGCCAUUGAUGAUGACCUUAUUCCAAGUGAUCCCAUGAAGUUACUGAAAAAUCAGUCAUCCGAACAGUUCGCAUUCUUUCAAUCUCUUGAUGUCAUUUCCGGUUCCACUUCCGCCGAAGGAUCCUUAUUUCUAUCAGUUCUUCAAAUGUUUCCAAGUCUGUCUUUACCCAGUGUGGAUUUCUACGAAGGAAUUCCAAACUGGGUUUUGCAACUAUUUGCUCGUCAGCUGACGGAGUUAUACUACGGCAAUGAUACAAGAGUGAUCCAGGCUAUAUCUGACAUGUACACAUCACCAGAUAUUGAAGAACAAAGCCGGCUCUUCAUUGAUCUGAUGAGUGAUGCUAUUUUUCAUACACCUAUUUUGGAAUCCCUUUUACUUCAUGAUGAAGGAUAUACAAAUAGUAACACUUUUCAGUACUACUUUUCCAAUCAACCAGAAUUUGAUCCCGUUAUUGGUGUUGUGCCGGAUUGGUUCGUCGGAGCGGGUCAUGCUGCUGAGCUCGAGUUACUUUUUGUUAAUACGGAAUAUCUUAAAGCCAAAGAUAGACUCCUGUCAGCGAAAAUGAUGUCGUAUUGGACAAAUUUUGCUAAAAACGGAAACCCUAACACAGGACGUUCGGUUCCAUACUGGCCAGAAUUCGACGAGACUUUCAGACAAUAUAUCAAUCUAGAUACCAACAUCACCACGGGAUCUGAAUUACUGGGAGAGCGGAUGCGAUUCUGGACUGAAGAAAUACCGCGCAUUAUUUCAGAAAGGGAGAUAACUAUAAGCACAUUAUUGGGACAAGUCAAAGGAAUACAGCACCAGGUAAAAGGACAAAAUAUCAGUCAAUUCCGAAGAAUUCCGUUCGCAGAACCGCCGAUUGGUCCCCUGAGGUUCGCAAAACCUAAGCCUAUAACGAAAUGGAACGGCAUCCUUGAUGCUACACGGUUUGGACCCUCUUGCAUGCAAACAAGGUUUCCUGGAUCUGACAACAAUUAUCCAAACAAAAAUAUUUCAGAAGAUUGCCUAUUUUUGAACAUCUAUGUUCCAAAUGAUGCGACCUUGGAAGCAAAUAAAUCAGUGAUGGUUUGGAUCCACGGAGGAGGGUUUACGUCUGGAGCUGGGAUGACCUAUGACGGAACGCCAUUGGCUCUUCAAGGUGACGUCAUUGUCGUGACGUUGAACUACAGACUCGGCAUUCUGGGUUUUUUAAGCACAGGAGAUUCAAAUGCGAGGGGCAACUAUGGAUUAUGGGAUCAAAUUGAGGCCCUGAAAUGGAUAAAAUCUAAUAUCAGAUACUUUGGCGGGAAUCCAGAUUCAAUAACGUUAUUUGGUGAAUCGGCUGGGGCUUUAAGUGUUUCGAUUCACGCCAUAAUUCCACAAAACAGGGGACUUUUUCAUCGAGUGAUUAUCCAAAGUGGGUCAUUGGGCAGACUUGGAUCAUUGGGAAAUGAUCAAUUAACGAAAGCUCAUACUUUGGGGGACCAGUUUAAUUGCAGCCAAAGUCAAAAUACCUCAUCAUUGAUUUCGUGUUUACGUGGAAUCGACGCAACUGCUUUAGAAAUGAAAUCUAAUAUUAUAUAUUCGCUUUCUUCAGCGGAUGAUAUUUUUCGAAUUUCUCUAUCGCCUGUGGUUGACGGGGACCUAAUACCCGGCGACCCCGGGCAGUUACUGAGAAAUCAGUCAUCUGAACAGUUUGCAUUCUUCCAAUCUCUUGACGUCAUUUCCGGUUGCACGUCUGCUGAAGGAACCGUAUUUCUCCUAACGGUUCAAUUAUUUCCAAUUCUGUCUCUACCUCCUGUGAAUUUGUACCAAGGAAUUCCAAACUGGGUUAUGCAACUAUUCGCCAAUGGUCUGACUGAGGUAUUCUACGACAAUGAUAACAGAGUGUUAGAAGCUAUAAUUAAACAAUACUCAUCGUUAGAUAUUGAAGAACAAAGCCGGCUUGUCGUGAAUCUCCUGAGUGAUGCUUUUUAUUAUAUACCAAUGUUGGAGACCCUUCAACUUCAUGAUAAAGGAGGAAAUACAAAUUCAAAUACAUUUCAAUACUACUUUUCUAAUCAACCAGAAAUUGAUCCAUUCCUUGGUCCUUUGCCAAAAUGGUUCGAAGGAGCUGGCCAUUUUGCGGAAAUAAAGUACCUUUUUGAUAACUGGGGAUAUCUUAAAGGCGAAGAUAGACUCCUAUCAGCGAAAAUGACGUCAUAUUGGAGUAAUUUUGCAAAUCAUGGUAACCCUAACACAGGACUUCCGGUUCCAUACUGGCCAGAAUUCGACGAGACUUUCAGACAAUAUAUCAACCUAGAUACCAACAUCACCACGGGAUCUGAAUUACUGGGAGAGCGGAUGCGAUUCUGGACUGAAGAAAUACCGCGUAUUAUUUCAGAAAGGGAGAUAACUAUAAGCACAUUAUUGGGACAAGUCAAAGGAAUACAGCACCAGCUAAAAGGACAAAAUAUCAGUCAAUUCCGAAGAAUUCCGUUCGCAGAACCGCCGAUUGGUCCCCUGAGGUUCGCAAAACCUAAGCCUAUAACGGAAUGGAACGGCAUCCUUGAUGCUACACGGUUUGGACCCUCUUGCAUGCAAACAAGGUUUCCUGGAUCUGCCAACAAUUAUCCAAACAAAGAUAUUUCAGAAGAUUGCCUAUUUUUGAACAUCUAUGUUCCAAAUGAUGUAACAUUGGAAGCAAAUAAAUCAGUGAUGGUUUGGAUCCACGGAGGAGGGUUCAAGUAUGGAGCUGCGAUGACCUAUGACGGAACGCCAUUGGCUCUUCAAGGUGACGUCAUUGUCGUGACGUUGAACUACAGACUCGGCAUUCUGGGAUUUUUAAGCACAGGAGAUUCAAAUUCGAGGGGCAACUAUGGAUUAUGGGAUCAAAUUGAAGCCCUGAAAUGGAUAAAAUCUAAUAUCAAAUACUUUGGAGGGAAUCCAGAUUCAAUAACGUUAUUUGGUGAAUCGGCUGGGGCUUUAAGUGUUUCGAUUCACGCCAUAAUUCCACAAAACAGGGGACUUUUUCAUCGAGUGAUUAUCCAAAGUGGGUCAUUGGGCAGACUUGGAUCAUUGGGAAAUGAUCAAUUAACGAAAGCUCAUACUUUGGGGGACCAGUUUAAUUGCAGCCAAAGUCAAAAUACCUCAUUAUUGAUUUCGUGUUUACGUGGAAUCGACGCAACUGCUUUAGAAAUGAAAUCUAAUAUUAUAUAUUCGCUUUCUUCAGCGGAUGAUAUUUUUCGAAUUUCUCUAUCGCCUGUGGUUGACGGGGACCUAAUAUCCGGCGACCCCGGGCAGUUACUGAGCAAUCAGUCAUCUGAACAGUUUGCAUUCUUCCAAUCUCUUGACGUCAUUUCCGGUUGCACGUCUGCUGAAGGAACCGUAUUUCUCCGAAACGUUCAAUUAUUUCCAAUUCUGUCUCUACCUCCUGUGAAUUUGUACCAAGGAAUUCCAAACUGGGUUAUGAAACUAUUCGCCAAUAGUCUGACUGAGAUAUUCUACGGCAAUGAUAUCAGAGUGUUAGAAGCUGUAAUUAAACAAUACUCAUCGUUAGAUAUUGAAGAACAAAGCCGGCUUGUCGUGAAUCUCCUGAGUGAUGCUUUUUAUUAUAUACCAAUGUUGGAGACCCUUCAACUUCAUGAUAAAGGAGGAAAUACAAAUUCAAAUACAUUUCAAUACUACUUUUCUAAUCAACCAGAAAUUGAUCCAUUCCUUGGUCCUUUGCCAAAAUGGUUCGAAGGAGCUGGCCAUUUUGCGGAAAUAAAGUACCUUUUUGAUAACUGGGGAUAUCUUAAAGGCGAAGAUAGACUCCUAUCAGCGAAAAUGACGUCAUAUUGGAGUAAUUUUGCAAAUCAUGGGAAUCCAAACAUCGGACUUCCAGUUCCUUAUUGGCCAGAAUUCGAUGAUACGAGAAGACAGUAUAUAAACCUAGACACGAACAUCACUUCCGGAUCAUAUUUACUUGGUGAUAGGCUGCAAUUCUGGACUGACGAAAUACCACGGAUUUUGGCCGAAAAGUAUAUUGUUGUUUCAACACCCAUGGGGCCAAUCAAGGGUCUUGUAGAAAAUGUUAAAAACACAAACAUUUCUCAAUUCCGCAGGAUUCCGUUUGCUGAGCCACCGAUUGGUCCGUUAAGAUUUAAAAAGCCCGUUCCUAUUUCGAAGUGGACUGACACACUCGAUGCAACUCGAUUUGGACCAUCUUGCAUUCAAACAGUAUACCCAGGUAUGGAAAUGUUCCUUCCGAACACAGAUAUAUCCGAAGACUGCCUCUUUCUAAACAUUUACGUCCCAAAUGAAGUAACAGUAACAGCGAACAAAUCUGUGAUGGUUUGGAUUCACGGCGGAGGGUAUCAAUCUGGCACAGGAAUGAUGUACAGCGGAACACCAUUGGCACUUCACGGUGACGUCAUUGUGGUGACACUAAACUACCGACUCGGUGUAAUUGGAUUCCUGAGUACCAGUGAUUCGAGCGCGAGAGGCAAUUAUGGAUUAUGGGAUCAAAUUGAAGCACUGAAAUGGAUAAAAACAAAUAUCAAAUAUUUUGGUGGGAAUCCAGACUCAAUUACAAUAUUUGGUGAAUCAGCCGGUGCUUUCAGCAUUUCUCAUCUCGCUAUGAUUCCAGAAAACAAAGGACUCUUUCAUCGAGUUAUCAUGCAAAGUGGUUCUUUGAAUUCAUUUGGGGGUAUUACGAAGGAUCCUCUCAUGUACACCAAGGCGUUAGGAAGCCAAUUACAGUGUGAUGAUAUUGACAAUACUACGUCAUUAGUUUCUUGUUUACGUGAAAUGGAAUACUCUGACUUACAAAGUACAGGAGAUAUUAUAUAUUCUGCGUUCCCUUCAAUAUCAUCUGCAUAUCAAUUUUCAAUAUCACCCGUGAUUGACGGGGAACUUAUUCCAAGUCAUCCAGUUGCUUUAUUUCAAAAUGCAUCGUCGGAACAGUUUGCAUUUUUCCAAUCACUUGACGUCAUUUCCGGUUGCAACUCAGCGGAAGGAAAUUUGGCGAUGUCGGCUUUUUAUUUCUUUCCAUAUCUUAACUUACCAGCCGUCAAUAUAUCUGCGGGAAUUCCAAGCUGGGUUCUUAAAUUGUUCGCUCAAGGUCUGACUGAAUUAAAAUACGACAACGACACAAGAAUACUACAACAUAUAUAUGACAAAUACACGUCAACGGACAUUGGAGAACAAGGGCGACUUUUUGUUGAUUUCUUUGGUGAUCUUGAGUUUUAUAUUCCAAUGUUAGAGACUCUUCUAGUUCAUGAUAGGGGAGAAAACAUGAAAACUAACGCAUUCCAGUAUCUAUUUUCCAAGGAACCAUUAGUUGAUAUUGCGAAUGGUGAACUCCCGUCGUGGUUUAAAGGAGCUGCUCAUGGAGCGGAGGCGAUGUUCUUAUUCGAUGAUAUAGACUUACUCAAGGGGGAUGACAAAUUCAUUUCAACGCAGAUGAUGUCUUACUGGUCAAACUUUGCGAAACAUGGUAACCCUAACACAGGACUUCCGGUUCCAUACUGGCCAGAAUUCGACGAGACUUUCAGACAAUAUAUCAACCUAGAUACCAACAUCACCACGGGAUCUGAAUUACUGGGAGAGCGGAUGCGAUUCUGGACUGAAGAAAUACCGCGUAUUAUUUCAGAAAGGGAGAUAACUAUAAGCACAUUAUUGGGACAAGUCAAAGGAAUACAGCACCAGGUAAAAGGACAAAAUAUCAGUCAAUUCCGAAGAAUUCCGUUCGCAGAACCGCCGAUUGGUCCCCUGAGGUUCGCAAAACCUAAGCGUAUAACGGAAUGGAACGGCAUCCUUGAAGCUACACGGUUUGGACCCUCUUGCAUGCAAACAAGGUUUCCGGGAUCUGCCAACAAUUAUCCAAACAAAGAUAUUUCAGAAGAUUGCCUAUUUUUGAACAUCUAUGUUCCAAAUGAUGUAACAUUGGAAGCAAAUAAAUCGGUGAUGGUUUGGAUCCACGGAGGAGGGUUCAAGUAUGGAGCUGCGAUGACCUAUGACGGGACGCCAUUGGCUCUUCAAGGUGACGUCAUUGUCGUGACGUUGAACUACAGACUCGGCAUUCUGGGAUUUUUAAGCACAGGAGAUUCAAAUUCGAGGGGCAACUAUGGAUUAUGGGAUCAAAUUGAAGCCCUGAAAUGGAUAAAAUCUAAUAUCAAAUACUUUGGAGGGAAUCCAGAUUCAAUAACGUUAUUUGGUGAAUCGGCUGGGGCUUUAAGUGUUUCGAUUCACGCCAUAAUUCCACAAAACAGGGGACUUUUUCAUCGAGUGAUUAUCCAAAGUGGAUCAUUGGGCAGACUUGGAUCAUUGGGAAAUGAUCAAUUAACGAAAGCUCAUACUUUGGGGGACCAGUUUAAUUGCAGCCAAAGUCAAAAUACCUCAUUAUUGAUUUCGUGUUUACGUGGAAUCGACGCAACUGCUUUAGAAAUGAAAUCUAAUAUUAUAUAUUCGCUUUCUUCAGCGGAUGAUAUUUUUCGAAUUUCUCUAUCGCCUGUGGUUGACGGGGACCUAAUAUCCGGCGACCCCGGGCAGUUACUGAGCAAUCAGUCAUCUGAACAGUUUGCAUUCUUCCAAUCCCUUGACGUCAUUUCCGGUUGCACGUCUGCUGAAGCAACCGUAUUUCUCCGAAACGUUCAAUUAUUUCCAAUUCUGUCUCUACCUCCUGUGAAUUUGUACCAAGGAAUUCCAAACUGGGUUAUGAAACUAUUCGCCAAUAGUCUGACUGAGAUAUUCUACGGCAAUGAUAUCAGAGUGUUAGAAGCUGUAAUUAAACAAUACUCAUCGUUAGAUAUUGAAGAACAAAGCCGGCUUGUCGUGAAUCUCCUGAGUGAUGCUUUUUAUUAUAUACCAAUGUUGGAGACCCUUCAACUUCAUGAUAAAGGAGGAAAUACAAAUUCAAAUACAUUUCAAUACUACUUUUCUAAUCAACCAGAAAUUGAUCCAUUCCUUGGUCCUUUGCCAAAAUGGUUCGAAGGAGCUGGCCAUUUUGCGGAAAUAAAGUACCUUUUUGAUAACUGGGGAUAUCUUAAAGGCGAAGAUAGACUCCUAUCAGCGAAAAUGACGUCAUAUUGGAGUAAUUUUGCAAAUCAUGGGAAUCCAAACAUCGGACUUCCAGUUCCUUAUUGGCCAGAAUUCGAUGAUACGACAAGACAGUAUAUAAACCUAGACACGAACAUCACUUCCGGAUCAUAUUUACUUGGUGAUAGGCUGCAAUUCUGGACUGACGAAAUACCACGGAUUUUGGCCGAAAAGUAUAUUGUUGUUUCAACACCCAUAGGGCCAAUCAAGGGUCUUGUAGAAAAUGUUAAAAACACAAACAUUUCUCAAUUCCGCAGGAUUCCGUUUGCUGAGCCACCGAUUGGUCCGUUAAGAUUUAAAAAGCCCGUUCCUAUUUCGAAGUGGACUGACACACUCGAUGCCACUCGAUUUGGACCAUCUUGCAUUCAAACAGUAUACCCAGGUAUGGAAAUGUUCCUUCCGAACACAGAUAUAUCCGAAGACUGCCUCUUUCUAAACAUUUACGUCCCAAAUGAAGUAACAGUAACAGCGAACAAAUCUGUGAUGGUUUGGAUUCACGGCGGAGGGUAUCAAUCUGGCACAGGAAUGAUGUACAGCGGAACACCAUUGGCACUUCACGGUGACGUCAUUGUGGUGACACUAAACUACCGACUCGGUGUAAUUGGAUUCCUGAGUACCAGUGAUUCGAGCGCGAGAGGCAAUUAUGGAUUAUGGGAUCAAAUUGAAGCACUGAAAUGGAUAAAAACAAAUAUCAAAUAUUUUGGUGGGAAUCCAGACUCAAUUACAAUAUUUGGUGAAUCAGCCGGUGCUUUCAGCAUUUCUCAUCUCGCUAUGAUUCCAGAAAACAAAGGACUCUUUCAUCGAGUUAUCAUGCAAAGUGGUUCUUUGAAUUCAUUUGGGGGUAUUACGAAGGAUCCUCUCAUGUACACCAAGGCGUUAGGAAGCCAAUUACAGUGUGAUGAUAUUGACAAUACUACGUCAUUAGUUUCUUGUUUACGUGAAAUGGAAUACUCUGACUUACAAAGUACAGGAGAUAUUAUAUAUUCUGCGUUCCCUUCAAUAUCAUCUGCAUAUCAAUUUUCAAUAUCACCCGUGAUUGACGGGGAACUUAUUCCAAGUCAUCCAGUUGCUUUAUUUCAAAAUGCAUCGUCGGAACAGUUUGCAUUUUUCCAAUCACUUGACGUCAUUUCCGGUUGCAACUCAGCGGAAGGAAAUUUGGCGAUGUCGGCUUUUUAUUUCUUUCCAUAUCUUAACUUACCAGCCGUCAAUAUAUCUGCGGGAAUUCCAAGCUGGGUUCUUAAAUUGUUCGCUCAAGGUUUGACUGAGUUAAAAUACGACAACGACACAAGAAUACUACAACAUAUAUAUGAGAAAUACACGUCAACGGACAUUGGAGAACAAGCACGACUUUUUGUUGAUUUCUUUGGUGAUCUUGAGUUUUAUAUUCCAAUGUUAGAGACUCUUCUAGUUCAUGAUAGGGGAGGAAACAUGAAAGCUAACGCAUUCCAGUAUCUAUUUUCCAAGGAACCAUUAGUUGAUAUUGCGAAUGGUGAACUCCCGUCGUGGUUUAAAGGAGCUGCUCAUGGAGCGGAGGCGAUGUUCUUAUUCGAUGAUAUAGACUUACUCAAGGGGGAUGACAAAUUCAUUUCAACGCAGAUGAUGUCUUACUGGUCAAACUUUGCGAAACAUGGAAACCCAAACACAGGACUUCCGGUGUCAUACUGGCCUAAAUUCGACGAGACCAAAAGAAAAUACUUAGACCUAAACGCGAACAUCACUACCAGGUUUGAUUUAUUUGGAGACCGAAUGCAAUUCUGGACUGAAAAGAUACCACGCUUAUUGUCAGAAAACGAGAUUAUUAUCAAUACAGGGAUAGGACAAAUCAAAGGAAUUCAGCAACUUGUUGAAGGUAAAUACAUCAGUCAGUUCCGGGGGAUUCCAUUCGCAGAGCCCCCGAUUGGUUCGAUGAGGUUCGCCAAGCCUGUGUCUAUUUCCAAAUGGUCUGGCACGCUUGAUGCUUCACGGUUUGGAUCCGCUUGCAUUCAGUCAACGGCUCCUGGAUGGGAUAUCAAUCUUCCAAACAAAAAUAUAUCAGAAGAUUGUCUGUUUUUAAACAUCUAUGUUCCGAACGAAGUCAAAAUGACAGCUAACAAGUCAGUAAUGGUUUGGAUUCACGGUGGAGGGUACGAAUCUGGAGCAGGUAUGGCGUACGAUGGGACUUCCUUAGCUCUUCAUGGUGACGUCAUAGUUGUGACGCUUAACUACAGACUCGGUGUACUCGGAUUCUUCAGUACAGCAGACUCCAGUGCGAGAGGCAAUUAUGGAUUAUGGGAUCAAAUUGAGGCACUAAAAUGGAUAAAAACAAAUAUCAAAUAUUUCGGUGGGAAUCCAGACUCAAUUACAAUAUUUGGUGAAUCGGCCGGUGCUUUCAGCAUUUCACAUCUCGCCAUUAUUCCCGAAAACAAAGGACUCUUUCAUCGAGUCAUCAUGCAAAGCGGUUCGUUGAGUUCAUUUGGAGCCAUUACAAAAGACCCUCUCAUGUACGCCCAGCAGUUAGGAAGCCAAUUACAGUGUGAUGAUAUUAACAAUACCACAUCGCUAGUUUUCUGCUUGCGCGGGUUGGAAUCUGCAAGUCUUCAGGCUGGAGCGGAAGUUGUUUAUUCAGGAUUUUCGUCGGUAGCGUCCAACUUUGAAUACGCCUUAUCACCGGUCAUAGAUGGAGAUCUUAUCCCAAGUCAUCCCCUUGCUUUACUUCAAGAUCAAUCGUCUGAGCAGUUCGAGUUCUUCCAAUCACUUGAUAUAAUUUCCGGGUGUAAUUCGGCCGAAGGAUCUGUAUUUGUGAUGUUGGUCCAAUAUUUUCCUUAUUUCUCCUUACCGGCCGUCAAUGUUUCUGAAGGAAUUCCAAUUUGGGUUCUAGAAUUGUUCGCUGAAGGUUUGACUGAGGUAUACUACAACAAUGACACGAGGAUUUUAAAACCUAUUUAUGACCAAUACACUUCGACGGACGUAACAGAACAAGGCCGACUACUCGUCCAUCUUUUGGGUGACAUUAUAUUUUACAUGCCCAUGUUGGAAUCCCUAUUAAUACAUGAUAGGGGAGGAAACACAAAUGGGAAUUCCUUUCAAUAUUUCUUUACCAACCAACCUGAUAUCGACCCAGUUAUUGGUGUUCUGCCAGAAUGGUUCGAAGGAGCCGGUCAUUUUGCCGAGAUCAAUUACCUAUUUGAUAACUGGGGUUAUCUUAAUAUCGACGACAGAUUCCUAUCAAACCAAAUGAUGUCUUACUGGACCAACUUUGCAAAUUAUGGAAAUCCUAACAUAGGACUUCCAGUUACCUAUUGGCCAGAAUUUAACGCGACAACGAGGCAGUUCAUUAAUCUAGAUACGAACAUCACCACAGGAUCCGAGUUAUUAGGGGACCGGAUGCGGUUCUGGUCUGAGCGGAUACCGAGAAUCAUAGCCCCAAACCCUACCACUACGCCAAUACCACUGAACGAUAUAUCAUAUGCACAAGAACAGUGCGCCAGCUUUGUCGUGAUAUGGACCUGUAUUCUGGUAUCGGCAACCAUGAUACUAUUGUAAUCAAGCGUUGUCAUAUUGUAUUGUUUGAUAUUGUUGUGGACAGGUCACACAUUUUUCUGCGAUUCUACUUAUUAACUUUGUAUUUUUAGAUACUUCAAUUUUUACAUUAUUGUGGACGGGCCACUAAUUUCUCUAUCAAUAUUUUUUACAACUAGGCAUCUUUAGUUAUUUUAAUUCUAACAAUUUUGCGGACAGACCAAAUUCCUCUAUCAAUUCUAUUUACAAACUGUGUAUAUUUAGUUCUAUCAAUUUUAACAUUGUUGCGGACAGGCCACAAUUUUUUCUAUAAAUUCAUUUACAAACUAAGCCUCUUCAGUGACAUUAAUUUAACAAAAAAAUUUUGUGUGGACCAGACACAUUUCUCUAUCAAUAUUAUCUAAAACAAAAAAAAUAUGUAUCUUUAGUUAUUUCAAUUAUAACAUUUUUGUAGACCAGCCACAUUUCUCUAUCAAUUAUAUUUACAAACUAUUUAUAUUUAGUAUAUCAAUUUUAACAUUGUUGUAGACAGGCCACAUUUCUCUAUUAAUAUUAUUUAAAAAAAAAUGUGUAUCUUUAUUGACUUUUAUUGUAGCAUUACUGUGGACAGACCACACAUUUCUCUAUCAAUAUCAUUUACAAAAUAUGUAUCUUUAUUGAAAUUUGUUGUAACAUUGUUAUGGACAGGACACGCAUUUCUCUGACACGCAUUUCUCCGUAAGUUGUAUUUACAAACUACAUGUAUAUGUAUAUUGUUUUUUUUUUGGUUUAAUUUAACAACAAAUAACAGAACGUGAAGAGAAUUUUUUGUAGAUCUAAUGUGAUAUUUAGCAGAUUAUCCACGAUGUAAUCAGGCUUUCUCUAUUACAUUAUAUAUAUCACAUUUUUUUUACUUUAAAAACAUAUAUUUUUUAAAAUUUCUAUAUUGUUGUUUAAACUUCUUCCAGAUAUUAAAUUUAUUUUGCAUAUUCAAAGUUUAUUAUGAUUAUAUUUUAAAGAUUGUGUAUAUUUAUAAUUUUCAUAUUUUCAACCCCCUCCUCGGGACAGAAAUUGCAAUUUCAUGUCCCCGUCCUACUCGAUUUCGGUUUUUUCCCAUGACAUGAUGAUAAAAUAAAUAACAGUACUAAAAUUCACACAAAAAAACCGCGAUAAUUGGGUCAAAUACUUUUAAAGAUUUGUUUCUAUUGAUUCCAUUUUCUGCAGAUAAAAAAAAUACAAAAUUUAGAAAAAAAAGUCCAAAGAAUAUCAAUUAUUCUCUCAAUAAUAGAGUGACAUUAUUUUAUUUUCAUUCGCUGAUAACAAUGUGUUAUUAAUCAUAUUUUAACAAUGCACAGGUUAUCUUAAAUUUAUCGAAAAUGUUUGCUUUAAGGAUAAGUAAAGUUAAUAAGCAAUUCAUCUUCAUUUAGAAGGAGGUUCUCGUAUAUAACUAUAAAUGUCUAAAAGAUAAUAAAGUCAUUCUUCUAAAUAACUAGCUGUUAAUGCUAGCCUCUUCCUAUAGCCGGAUAUGAUGGAGGAGGCGAACGUUCAAACAUAGCCUACGGCUAACAGGAUAUGUUUCUAUUUUUAGACAUCUCUAUCCUGAUCAAGACGGAUGUAUACUAAGUUAUAAUGUCGUUAGUUCGAGGCUUCCGGAAUUUCAGCUUUAAUGGGUGUUGUUAUACUUUUAUGAAAUUAAUGAUGUCAUAUUAUUUACAUAUCAUAUUGGUCAACAGGAGGAAAACUAAUCU